AUGACAUCUAUUGGAACAGGAUACGAUCUUGCCAAUUCGAUUUUCUCGCCUGAUGGAAGAAACUUUCAGGUGGAAUACGCCUCAAAGGCGGUUGAGAACUCAGGAACCUCUGUGGGUAUUUGCUGUAAAGAUGGAGUAGUUUUGGCAACGGAAAAGGUGGUGAACUCAAAACUUUUGGUGCCCGGUAAAAACAAGCGCAUCCAAUCAAUUGACCGUCAUAUUGGAGUGGUUUAUUCGGGGCUUAUUCCAGAUGGAAGGCACUUUGUCAAUAGAGGUAGAGAAGAAGCACGCUCGUUCCGAUCACUAUACAAGGAACCUAUUGGAUUAAAGGGACUUAUAGAUAGAUUGGGCUACUAUGUGCAGGCUUACACGUGCUACAAUUCAGUAAGACCAUUUGGAAUUAAUGCUAUAGUGGGAGGUGUUGACUCUGAGGGUUCUCAUCUCUAUAUGGUGGAACCUUCUGGAACCUAUUGGGGUUACUAUGGUACAGCAACAGGAAAGGGAAGACAAACUGCUCGUGCCGAGUUGGAGAAAUUGGAUCUACCAAACAUUUCUGCAAAGGAUGCCGUUAAAGAAGCCGCUAGAAUCAUAUACAUGGCUCAUGAGGAUAAUAAGGACAAGGAUUUCGAGUUAGAAGUGUCGUGGGUCAGUCAAUCGGAGACCAAGGGUGUCCAUCAAUUGGUCCCAAAAGAGCUUUUUGAUGAAGCCGUGAAAUAUGCUGAAGAAGAGCAAGAUAGUGAUGACGACGACGAUGAUGAUGAGGGAAGUGAAAAUAGCGAUCAAGAUGAGGAGAUGGAGUAA